AUGUAAUUGACAAAAGAAAAUAUUGAAUUUUACAUUCAGAGAAGAAAAUAGUAUUGCCAAGACUUCUUAAAGUUAACCAACCAGUUCAAACCGAAAUUAGCGCUAUUACAAAAAAGAUUGAUAGCUACAAAGUAGGGCAUAGAUGGCCCUAUUAAAUCAGUUUCUCAUUAACAUAAGAUCAAAAAAGUCAAUAAGGUGUUGGCUUCUCUCUCAAAAUCAGAAGAAGUUCAAAAUAAAAUUGAUAAAGAAAUGGUUAGGCGUUAGUGUCAGUACAAAUUAGAUGAGGUUCCUAAUUGCAAUUUCAAUUACUCUUAAACUUGUAAUAAGAUACAAUAAGCUAUGAUACCCUUGAUUCAAAAUCUUUAAGUAUAGAUUAAAGAUAAGGAGGAUUAGAUUUAGGGCGAUUCAGACUGUUCUGAUUUGUAUAUAAAAAGAGAUGAGUUCCAUCAAAUGAAGCAUAAAUCGAAGAGAUUACAAUAAAUUAUAGAGAAAUUAUAGGUAAUGGAGGUACAAUAGGAAGAAAAGGUUUAUAGAGAAAGUAUCAGAAAAUUGGAAAAGUUUGAUAAAGAAUUUGAUUAUGAUGAAACGCUACCUUAUUAGGCAUUAAUAUCAAAAAGGAGAUUAGAAGCAAAGGUGUUAAUGGAUGAAGAAAAAAGAUAGAGAAGGUUAGUUGAGAGUGAAAGAGUUAGAGAAAAUGUUGAAGAAUAGAAAUAAAAAUAUCAUUUAUUAGAUAAUAAAAUAAAAAUCCAUUAUAGAAAGAUUGGAAUAUCAAAGGGAAAAUUAGAGAGUGUAAGUGAUUUUCAAUAAAAUACAAAUGAUCACAAAUCAAUACCAUAACUUAAUGGAGAUUCUCUAAAGUCUGCAAUAAAACAGUAAUUAAAAAGUAUUUUAAAUGCAGAUAAACGGUUUUCGUUAACAUUAUUCUCAACAUAAUUGAACUCCUCAAAUAUCCCGUAUUAUAUUAAUUUAUGA